AUGAAAAAAUAUAUAAAAGAUAAAGAAAAAGAGGUCAUGGAGAUUGAUAAGUUAGAAAAGGAAUUGCUGGGUGGCAGUAUCAAUACUGUUGGUAGUGCUGCAAGUCUGUUGGCACCACCACCAUCAUCAUCAUCUAAAUCAAAGGUUAGAGUCAUCAAGAAGGUAAUCAAGAGAGUACCAAAGUCAUCGAUAUCAUCACAAUCAUCGUCGUCGUCAUCUUCAUCGAUACCAAACAACUCACAUGCACAUGCUCACGCUCAUAGUCACGCACAUGCCAACAGUCAUUCACAUGUACAUCAAAAUAUUGUCAAUAGAACAUCAACUAUACAUGCAACUUCGACAUCGACGACACCAUAUCAACAACAUAAUGGUAAGAGUGAAAUGAGUAGUGGUAGUACCGAUGUAGAUAGCACAGUCAAUUCACUGGACAAUGAAGUGGUUCGACGAAAAAAAGAAGAAAUGAGAAAGAUGAUCACCGACAAGGUCAUGAUCGACAAGAAGACAUUCGAAACACAAUCGAUUCUCAUUGAGAAUAUCGUAAGCGAGCAGGAAUUGAAGUUGUCAGCGAUGUUCUUGCAACCUAACCACUACGACGAUAUCGUAGUGGAGAGAGCACUUACAAAGCUCUGUGGAUAUCCAACAUGUAAUAAACAGGUUCAACAGAGAAAAUCAUAUAAAUAUUAUAUUUCAACUAAAGAUCAAAAGGUAUAUGACCAAGAGGAACUAGCAAACUACUGUAGUACUGAAUGUCUUACCAAUUCGAAAUUGUUUAGAUUCACACUCGACAAGACACCUGUACACUUGAGGAAAUUGGAUCAUACACAACUCAUUGUAUCACAAGCUGAUAAAUUAGCAACCAACAUAGAACAAAAUCUUAAUAUAGUUGAAAAUGAAUUAGCAAGUGAAGCACCUGUCGAUAGGAAUUUCGGUAAUUUCAAUAGUGAUUCUCCUGUUAGUAUGAGUUUUACACCACCACCACCACCAGCAACACUACCAACAAUCAUUACAACAAAAGUGGAUACAGAGGAAUCGGUGACAGCAGAAUUGAAUAAUCAAUUCUCAAUGAUGCAAUGCGAUGAAGAUGAUAGUAAUGUGAAACAAAGCAACAAUAGCAAAAGUAUUAAUAUUCCUGUUGUUGAAUCACCGUUGGUCGUUAACGAUGAUAAAACAAUAGCAGAGGAAUUCCUUUCGGAGGAGGAAGGAGCCGAUGAAGAAGAUGACUCUACCGGUGUCUAUGGUGAUGACAAUGACAGUAUGCCAAGAAGUAACUACUCGGAUAUCGAUUUGGAUUCGAAUGACAGUGGUCGUGAAGAUGCUAUGGACGGAAUGGGUGGAUUCCUCGAGCGUGGUAACUCCAAGCAACUGCCAGUUUCCAACUAUCACCAAGUAUACACACCUCUAAGUGAAUGGCGAACAAACAACACUGAACAAUAUCUAAGAGCUACACACAAUGACAAUGACCUAUUCAUAAGAACCGAUCAGUCUGCACAUAUCAAACAAACAUUACAUCAUUAUUUAUCAUUAUAUUUCCCAUCAGUAGUAAAUUCAUUAAAUAUUCAAGAAUCAAUUUCCUCACAAUCAUUUUCAUCACUCAUUGAUACAUUUUCACUUGUAAGACCAAUUCCAUCGCUGACACCCAAUAAUUGGAGAAUGAUUAUACUUGUUUUAAUUAAAUCUUUAUCAUAUAAACAUAAUAUUUUAGAAAAGAAAUUAGAAGAAAAGAGUCAAAUAUUUGAAAGGUUACUUAAGGAUUAUGGUUUUGAUAAAUAUUAUCUUAAUAAAUAUAUGGAAUUUUUAAAUAAACACGUUGAAGAUGUUGUUGGAUCAGAAAAAAAAGUUUCUUUAGUGGAGAAUUUCAAUCAUACAAGUAAUGCAACCUAUUUCGCUUAUAACUUGUAUGGAAUGGAUAAGGAUGCUUGGAUCAGAUCGAUUUAUAUGGAUUUGUCGAUUACUUUUCUAUUUUUCUUUGCUUUGCUAAUGAUCUGGAAAUCAAUGAUAUUCUUUUGUUACCGCCAGUACAGACUCUAUCUGUUCCUUCCGGUUCUUAUCUACCUCUUCAAGUGCGGCUGUUUCAUAACGAUCAUCGCCACCGACCACCACUAUUACGUCGCCAACUACCUCGACCAAAUAGGAAAGGCGUUCAAUAUCGCUUUCAUUCUUUUGCUAGCCAAUGGAAUAUGGGUCUACGAAUAUACCAACUCCCGCUAUUUGUCGCGUUUGAUCCCGCCCAUGACUAUUUGUUCGUUGCUACUCAUCUACAAUACAACGUUUCUUGUUUUCAAUAUUGUUGAACACAGUGUGUUUCCGCCGGUGAUGUGGACAAGACUCACAGGAAUUAUGUACACCUUGCCUUUCUUUUACUUCCUCUACAUUUGCGUAGCGGUCUACAGAAACGAUUUCUAUAUUAGAAUGUUUAUUGGAUCGCUCUUUGCAGUCUACUUUUUGUGGUGGAUAGUCUUUAGUCUCUCAAUUUUCUUGGUUCCAAGAUUACAAAUUUUCAUCACAAGCACAGGAGAUGUUAUCAUUGCAUUUUUAAUACCAAUGUUAAUGUCUGAAUUAAUUAAUUGA